UUCUAGCAAGUAGUCUCUGUUAAGUCAGGAAAAAAAAAGUAGACGCCGAUAUUAGUCAAGAAACAGCCGAAACCAAAACCGAAACCGCUGUAACACCGCCACAGCUAUCAAAUAUUGGAUUACACCGCGUGCAGAGGAUGUCGAAGGCAAACGAAUCGCAACGUCUGCUCCGAUCGCAGACGGCGGACAAGGACGAUGGCGAGCUGUUCAUCAAGCUGCCGAAGUUCAGUAAGCGACUACGUGCCAAGACCUCUACUGAGGGCGUCCAGGAGGCGGACAUCGAGCCCACUUUCACGGUCAGUCAGAGACUGUACAAAUAUCUGAAGCAGCCAAAUUGCCAGCGCUGGAUCUGGUGCGAGUUCAUCGAAUCCUUUAUCGACAAGGCAAUACUGAGCAGUUCCUAUGACAUGAACAGCUACGUGCAGAGUUUCUAUCCCCAGGUGGAGACGCGCCACUUGCCGCGUCGUGCCUGGCAGAUGAUUCGCCGCAACAUGGGCAAGGCUCGUCGGUUCUCUACAGCUUUCAUUGCCAGGGAGCGCAUCGAGAUGGAGCGCUGCCGGAACGUUGUCCGCCAGUUGCAGCAGCGAAAGUUCAAUGCGGAAAAGGACGCACAAUCAUUGGAACUGAUGCCUAAGUUCAUUCCUAUGCCAUUAUCAGUGGACUGCAAGGUGGUCAGCCUUUUAAAUAUACCAACUCAGGUGCUUUGCAAGGGGCGUGUCGUCAGUUUCGAGCCCAGGGACAGCAGCUACCAGGUCAAGUUCAAUGUGGCAGGAAAGCAUACCGUAAUGAAAGUGCCUGAUUGGCAGCUCCACGUGCUGCAAGACUGCAAAGCCCUAUCAUUGGAUAGCAUCAUACAAGGCGUUGACGAGAAGCAGGAGGUGCCUUCACAGGCAUCUGAUGAUGGCGAAGAGCUAAAGGCUCUGUUCGACUCGCUGCUGCAGCUACAAAAGCUGGUGGCCCUCAAGCGCAAAACCGUGCAGGACAUGGCCAGCAUGAACGAGGAAGUGGAGGCCAGUGGCAUGCCAGCGCCCGCCCGGCGUGAAACAAAGCAGACGCCGCUUCGUGAGAAGCUUCAGCGCCGGUAUGCGGCCAAUAUGAUAACCCUCCAUCGCGUCAACGCUGACAUUCUGGAGCCACUGCGCGUCGCCCACAAUCAUCUGUCCGAGUACGAGAAGGAGGCAAUGCAGAGUAAAUGCGUUCCGCGCAACAAGCUUUACGAGAAGUGUCGCACCUUGGCCGAAAUGGAUAUGAAGGCAGCGCCAUUUCAAAGCAACGUCCAGGUGGAGGCCACGCGAGAGCUCAUCCUGGGCCUGCAAACGUUGCUUUAUCUUUGUGGAGAACUCGGGCAUGGCAACAAUGUCGAAGUGGAUGCCGUCAUAGAUGACUGUGUCAACCAAAUGCUCAUGGGCUUGCCGUCACAGCUGACAACUGAGUUCAGACAGGUGAUCGACAUGCUCCAGCCGCUACGUGAACACAUCCAGGCUGUGACCAAGGCAGAAUCCGAGCACAAUCAACAAAUGUAUCAAAUGCACCAGCAGACGCCAGACAUUGCAUCCAAUCUGCUGCCCAACGAUGAGUCUGACAUCGAAAUGGGAUUGUAGUGGUGCUUCAAUCAAAUAUUAA